AUGAGUGCAACUUCAGAGAAACAAUUUAAGGAUAUUCCCAAGAGAUACAUCGAUCCGUUAGUGAAAAAGGAUGAAGGUGAAGGUACUCGUGUAAAUGGAAAGGACUGGAAGAUUAAAAAAGAUGCAUUCCGUUUAAAAUCUGCUGGUGUGAGAAAAAUGAACACCUGGAAACUCAGAGAGGAGAAAAAACUACAAAAUGAACAGUUCAAGCUGCGUAUCAACAGUUUGAAACAAGAAAAGGCAGACGAGAAAAACAAGAAGAUCGAGCAGGUCAAGCAGCGGAGACAGGCUAUUGAAGAAAAGGAGAGGUAUGAAAGAAUCGCUCAAAAGAUGCAUGCCAAGAAAGUUGAUAGAUUGAGAAAGAAGGAGAAAAGAAACAAACUCUUGAGGGAACGCUGA